GUAAACAAAGAACACUCUUGGACUCCCACCCCAAGAACAGCAUUUAUCUGUAGCCUUUCCUGCUCGGUCUUUCUGGCGAAGAAAUCCAGCUUUCUGCCGCAGGCUCACCCAGGCAGAACUAUCAUGGACGACACUCCACCAACCGUUGCACUUUCCAACGUCGACGCGGCGCAAUGGAACAGGGACCUGAUGCAAGACUUCCAGGCCGCACUGGAGCGAGACCCAUCUGCAGACCUGAUGCUGAUGUUCUCCAAAUCAUACAUUCGCGAACAUCGACUUGCUCAAUAUGGACAGCUAUCUUGGGCCGCUAAAAUCAAUUUGAAGACAGUGAAUGAUCUCUAUGACACCCUGAAACGCAACCCCGAAGUUAAUAUAUUAUCUGAAAUUCCGGAUAACUACAAGCGCAGAAUCACGAUGGCCACGGCGUCAAAUCCUGUGCAAUCUGCAUCUUCAUCUCCAGCAAAGCCUCCUCGUGAGUUCCGAAGAAAGCUUGAUCAGCCUGAUCGAGCCCACAAUGCUGCGGUUGUCUUUCCAUUGUCCGAAAAGGUCACUCCUUUGCUUUCAGCAUCUUCGAAGGACUGGAAAGAUGGUAAAUGGAUUGGCGCAGAAGAAUCUCUUAUGCGGUCCUUGAACCGGCUUCUUUGGGACUCCCCCAAAAUGUGGGAGAAUGUUGUUCGCGGGGUUGUGGUUCGAUGCAGCGACGAAAUCAUUGCCAAAGUCAUUGAUGGAAGAAUCGACUAUACGGAGUAUACAAGUAUGCAGUAUCUUAUGAAGUGGGCGCCGGAUUUUCCAGCCCCGAAACCUCAUGGACUGAUCCAAUAUGGUGUUUUCCGGGUUAUUUUCAUGACGUACAUUCCGGACACAACCCUGACCACGGUGUGGCCUGACUUAACGCAUGAAAACAGACUCUCAAUAAGAGAUCAGUUGAACGAGCUCUUUAUACAACUGAGAGCUCUACCACAGCACAGUACUGGAGUUGGUGGAGUCUGUGGGGAGGGUGCAAAAGAGUUGCGUGUUGAUGAAUGCGCCUUUUUCAAAGACAUCACAACCAGCAAGGAGUUUGAAGACUUGCAAUUCUCCGCCUGCAAGCGUGGCAGCAAUACUUAUGUCAAGCUCCUUCGCUCUCUUCUGGCAUGCGAUAACUCUGCAACGCAGUCCUUAGUAUUCACACAUGGUGAUCUCAGAACUGAUAAUAUUAUGGUGAAGCUGGAUCCCGCUUCGAACCGAUAUGUCAUAAGCGGGAUCAUUGACUGGGAAGACAGCGGCUUUUACCCUGCGUACCAUGAAUGCACCACACUGGCGCGCACCUUGAGCCGGUUUGACGAUGAGGAUUGGUAUCUCUAUCUGCCGGAGGCCGUUUCUCCAGCAAAGUUUCCGAUCCACUGGUUGAUUGACCGGCUUUUGCAGAUUCAAGUUUAUAAUACUUAGCUCCGCCACUGCUGCUCUGUUUAUGUUUGUUCAUUUCAUGUAGUUUGUUUCAUUGUUAAUAACGAGGAUAAUACAGCAAAGAAAAAACACAUUCACGUCCUCGC